AUGGCGGCGUCGGAGUUCGAGUUCUCAGCUCGAUUCGGGUCGAAUGGAUCUACUACUACCGGGCCGAUGAGCUCGGUAGAUGAGCUGUUCUUGAAUGGAAAGAUCCAGGCCAUGAAGCUCUCCACCCACCUGGAAAAGCCCCAGGUACCGUUGCAAGCUGUCAACGAGGAAGAUGGAGAUGAUCUAUUCGAGUUCGGGCCACUGAGAGGCAGAGAUCUGAGGAUGAGGGACAAGUCUUUGCGGCGGAGAACGAGAUCCAUGUCUCCGAUGAGAAACAUGCCCUUUGGUAAUAAUGACUGUUGCUUUGCAAAAGAUCUGAAGGAGGGUGAUUUGGGGAAGAAGAAGAAGAAGAAGAAGAAACCGGAGAAUGGUGAGGAGGAGGAGGAGGAGGAAGAAGUUGGGAGCUUGGAGACCAUUCCUUCAGUUUCAGCUUCGUCUUCAAGAUCAUCCUCAGUUGGAAGAAACUCGAAAAGAUGGGUCUUUCUGAAAGAUUUUCUCCACAGCAGUAAAAGUGAAGGGAGGAGUAAUAACAAAUUCUGGGCCACAAUCUCAUUCUCGAGUAGUGGUAAGGAGAAGAAAAUAGAGGUAAGUGUUGGGGGAGAAAAUAGGAAGAAAAUUGGCUCGUCCGAGACAAGUGUUGAUCGAUGCGGCAGAAAAUAG